AUGAAGCGCCGGGCUCGUGAUAAGACAUCCACCAACGGUGCUCCCCCGGGCCUGACCAUCGACACUGGGUCUCAAAACGGCCACGCCAACGGCGACAUGAAUUCACAACUGGAGAUGCGGAGGAAGGACCCCUCGGUGGACUCGCCUUCAUCGGCCCAACAUGCUGCGCGAGUGAUGAACAGAGAAAGCUUUACCUUGGAUGACGAGCCUGCGGAGGUACCUCGCACGCCCAUGUUGAAGAACACGAGCUUCUUUGCGCUGCCGGAGCAGGAUCGGAGGAAUUUUUUGCUGCUCGUGCUGUUGUAUUUCCUACAGGGUAUUCCCAUGGGACUGGCUAUGGGAUCGGUUCCGUUUCUUCUUAAGCCGCAUCUUUCUUACGGCCAGAUCGGCGUCUUCUCUCUCGCCUCGUAUCCGUACUCUUUGAAGCUGUUUUGGAGCCCUAUCGUGGAUGCGGUGUGGAGUAGGAGAAUGGGUCGACGUAAGAGUUGGAUUACUCCCGUGCAGCUACUUUCCGGCCUGGCCAUGGUUUAUUUGUCAGGUCGAGUCGAGUCCAUGUUGCAGAGUGCCGGUGAAAGCGAUGCUAAUGUGUGGACUUUUACCAAAUGGUGGUUCUUCCUCGUCUUUCUAUGUGCUACCCAGGAUAUCGCCGUCGAUGGCUGGGCUCUUACCCUACUCUCACCACAAAAUAUCUCUUACGCCUCCACCGCGCAGACAGUCGGUCUCACCGCAGGCCAUUUCCUUUCUUAUACCGUUUUCUUAGCAUUCAACUCUCCAGACUUUGCCAACCGCUGGUUCCGCUCACCAGCCAACGCCGACACAACCACUGGUCUGCUUUCGCUUGGAGGAUAUAUUGCAUUUGCAGGGUGGGCGUACAUUAUUGUGACAUUCGCGCUAUUCUUGUUAAAGAAGGAAGAGCGUAGUAAUGAAAAGGACAGCAUCGCUGAAGUCUACCGCAGCAUGUGGAGUGUACUGAAGUUGAAGAACAUUCAAAUGAUCAUCAUCGUCCAUUUGAUCGCCAAAAUCGGAUUCCAGGCUAAUGACGCCGUGACCAGUCUUAAGCUCAUCGACAAGGGCUUUGGACAAGACAACAUGGCUUUGGUUGUGCUCCUCGACUUUCCCUUCGAGAUUGCUCUGGGCUACUAUGCCGGUCAAUGGUCUACCGAAUACACUCCUAUGAGAUUAUGGAGCUGGGCCUUUGUUGGUCGGCUUGCGGCAGCCGCUCUGGCUCAGUUCACCGUCAUGAUAUAUCCUGCUGGAUCGGAUGUACCUUUUUGGUAUCUUCUCACGGUCAUUAUGGAACAUAUUCUCUCGACCUUCGGAAACACAAUUAUGUUUGUGGCUAUUUCUGCCUUCCAUGCUCGCAUUUCAGAUCCUGCUAUUGGAGGAACUUAUAUGACACUUCUUGCAACAGUCUCCAAUCUUGGCGGAACAUUUCCCAAGUUCUUUAUUCUUAAGAUGGUCGACGCUUUCACCUCCGCAACCUGCGUCCCACCAUCUACUUCCCCCGAUCCCUCGAAACUCACCGGGGAACUCGUCACGUCAGCAUUCUCAUGCGCACUCGAAGCAGACCGCAGUCGGUGCAAAGCCGGCGGCGGCGAGUGUGUUGUUGAGCAGGACGGAUACUAUAUUACCAACGUGGUCUGCGUCAUAAUCGGCAUUGUGACCUUUUACAUGUAUAUCCGGCCCACAGUUUUCAAACUCCAGGCAUUGCCUCUGCGUGCCUGGAGGGUCGCAUUGGGAUCAGGCAGCAAUAGAUCUCAGUAA